AUGGGAAUAGGAGCAUCAAGGUUUGAAAAGGACCUUUUAUCAACAUCUAUUCCUGAGAGUGAACGAUUCUAUGGUUUAGAGAAUUUUGGUAAUACUUGUUAUUGUAAUUCAGUACUUCAAGCAUUAUAUCAUUGUAUACCAUUCCGAAACAGUAUAUUAGAGUAUUACUAUAAAAAUGGACUUCAUUUGCCACAGAACAGAAAAUCAACAGAUAAUCUCUUCUUGGCAUUGGCCGAUCUCUUUGUAAAUAUAUCACAACAGAAAAAAAGAACUGGUGUAGUACCUCCUAGAAAAGGUCAUAUGCAUCAAGAUGCACAUGAAUUCCUUAAUUUCUUGAUGAACUCGAUAUCAGAACACUUGGGAAAGAUGGAAAAGAAAAAAAUGGAAAAUUCAAAAGCAACAAAUAGUAAAUCAUUUAAUUCAUCAAAUCAACAACAACAACAACAACAAUCUACAAAAAAUGAAGAAAAGAAAGAAGAAGAAAUAUUUGAAGGAAUUUUAACAAAUGAAACUAAAUGUUUAACAUGUGAAUCGAUAACGAGUAAAGAUGAAUCAUUUUUGGAUUUAUCAAUUGACAUUCAACAAAACACAUCGAUUACUAGUUGUCUGUCAAACUUUAGUUCAGUUGAAACACUCUCCAAGAAUGAUAAAUUCUUUUGUGACAAAUGUAUAUCACUUCAAGAGGCUCAAAAGAGAAUGAAGAUUAAAAAAUUACCAAAUACUCUCAUCAUUCAUCUAAAGAGAUUCAAAUUUGUAGAACAAUAUCAACAAUUUCAAAAAUUAAAUUAUCGUGUUGUAUUUCCAUUUGAAAUUAUUAUUCAAAAUACUACAAAUACAAUUGAAGAACCAGACAAGAAAUAUCAUUUAUUUGCAGUUGUUAUUCAUGCUGGUAAUGGACCAAAUCAUGGACAUUACACUAGUAUGGUUAAAAGUAAUGGUCAUUGGAUUGGUUUUGAUGAUGAAAAUAUGGGUAUUAUACCAGAAAGUGAUAUAUUUGAAAUAUUUGGAUCACAACAAGAAUUGGUUGGUAGAAAUGAAUGUGGUUAUUUGUUAUUCUAUCAAACUGAAGAAUCAUUGAAUGAAAAACAAUUCAAGUCUCCAGUCCAACAAAAUAGUAGUUAUGCAUCUACCCUUUCAAAUUUAUUUUAUGGUUAA